UUCUUUGAAAUGAAACCUAUUGGUGCUUCUCUUUUAGUCCAAGAUAUAUCUUAAGCUUCUCUCAUGUCAUUGUUCCAGACCAGUUUGAAGGGAAGGGUGCUACCACUUUUCGACGUCUUGCAUUGUUUUCCUUCAGCCUUUUCCUCAGCUCAGGUGACGAGUGAUAUUCGUUUGACACUGUUUUGAGAAAAUUCAGAGAAGUUAAAAAGUCCAGGCUUCUACGUAGGAUUUGAGAAAGCCCGUUGAAUUAGCUUCAUCAUCAGCAAUAUUAGUUUAUUUGAUAUAGUUUUGCAACUCAAGGUGAUGGAUCCAGCAAAUAUCUAUAGAGCUGUAGCUAAAAAUGAUGCUGCAUUCUUUAACCAGAUCGAGUCUUACCUACACGGUUCUGAGAAUAUUCUCAUGCCGAUAACAGACAAUGAGGACUCCAUUCUACAUGUUGCAACAAAAUUCAGACGAGAAGAAUUUGCUAAAAAACUCAUCAACUUGAACCAAUUACUUAUUAAUCAGAAAAAUAAGAAAGGUGACACUCCACUACAUGUUGCAGCAAGUAUAGGGUGUUGGGGCAUCACAAAACUCCUAAUAGAUCGUUCAAGUUCAAGUAUUUUGGAGACAGUAAACAUAGACAAGGAUACGGCAUUGCACGUUGCUGUGAGAAAUGAUAAACACUCAGUUGUGGAGUUACUAAUUCACCACAAUCAAGCGCUAGCUAAGAUGGUUAAUGAAGUUGGAGAAUCCGCACUCUUUCUUGCUGUAGAAAGAAACAAUUACCAUACUGCUAAGUUCAUCUUAAAUGCUGCUCCAGAAUCAAUACACUAUGGAGGAAGAGACCACAUGAAUGUGUUGCACAUAGCCAUCAUUCGGAUGGAGGCAAAGAGUCAAGAUCAGGACUUACUUAGUGCCUUUAUGAGAAGGUUCGCGGCCUCCCUUAUAAAGUGGGUUUUCGCUUGUCUUCCUUAUUCUAGCAGUUCGCCCCCUGCCUCCCGAAUUCGACCAAUAACCAUGGAAGAUCACAUUGUAGCAGAUUUUCUGUCGGAGGUGCUACAAAGAGAGCCAAAUUUAGCCUCGGAAGCCGAUGAUUUUGGGUGGACUCCUCUGCACUAUGCUGCAUGCUACGGCAGUGUGCAAGUCAUGAAACUGUUACUACAUCAUGCAGGUUCUUCGGCGGUUUACAAAAAGGACAAGGAAGGAAUGUCUGCUCUUCACAUUGCAGCCGAGCAAGGCCACCUCAAGGUAGUGAAGAAGGUGGUUUCAGAAUUUGCUAGUACGUACGAACUAUUGGACAAUAAAGGCCGUACGCCCCUCCAUGUGGCUGCGGAAAGUGGGAAAAGCUUUUUCACACUCCGGUUUCUGAUUUCGAAAGUGCCUGAUGAUCUCAUAAACAAGCAGGAUAGCAGUGGCAACACGCCGUUGCAUCUGGCUGCUGUCCACGCACAUUUCAAAACACUACUUCCACUGUCGAACGAUAUAAGAGUGGACAAAGCGGCUGUUAACAAGGAAGGCCUAAGCUUCUUGGAAAUUCUUGAAUCAAGGAUUAGGGCGAGACCGUCUAUUGAGAAAAUCAUCACGAGUAUAAUUGAGCCUUAUGGCUUUCUACCACGUUUACAAGCAGCGUUUCCCAGAAGAACCAUCAAAGUACAAACUACUGGGACCAGCGAACCACAAAUCGAGAGGAGAAAAACAUCAAAGCAAGAAGAAGAUGACUCAUCUAUUCAUGGGAAAACAGAACAAGGGGCAAACGGUUCUUUUAUGAAGGAGAAGGCUAAUGUCAACUUACUUGUAGCAACCUUCGUUGCCACUGUCACCUUUGCAGCUAUUUUCACCAUGCCUUAUAUAAAGGAUGGUGCAACUUCUGGUCAGAAGUUGGCUUUCGGCGCAUUUGCAAUUGCGAAUUCCAUCUCAUUUGUUUUGUCCACUGUCUCAAUGUAUUUCCAUUUCGAGGCUUUUGGAAUCGAAGAAGCCACUGAUAUAUUCUCAAAAUUACACUAUUGCUCCAGGCUAAUCCUUCCAUGGGCUAUUCAUGCAUUGGUGGUAGCUUAUUCUACAGGCUCAUAUGGAGUCUUGGCACAAUUCUAUCCGAAAAUUGCUUCUUCAGCCUUCGGAUUGGGUUUAAUCUUCUUUAUUGGCCCUAUCUUCCCCUUCAAUAAGUUUGUAAGGUCGCUAUUUAAAUGACAUGGUACGCAUAUUUUAUUACAAAAUCUCAUGCUAUUAAAAAUAGUUACAUAAAUUCUAAUAUAUGUUUAAUGGCAUAGUAUCUUGUCAUAUAAUGGGAUACCACGUGUUCAUCCUUUGAGACUACUAUUAUGGAUCAAUGUACCAAUAACUAUUUUUAUGUUUUCGAAAUGGGUCAGUUGUAUGUAACGUCAUCUUCCUUCCUUGAUAUAUAUAUAAGGGUUGGAAACUGUUGGAUUUAUGUUUUAUUUAUGCAAUCAGCUUGAUAUUAUUA